UUCUGACUGACAGGCACGGUUCCCCACUGCCCGCCACGUCCCCGGUCUCGGCCGACGGCACUGUGUGGCGAGUGACCUUUCCGAGCCUAGAGCGAUGACGGCUCUCUGCGACUGGCUUCCUCAGCGCCGCCGAUUCCGGCUUGUGCAGUUCCCACAGCCAUAUUCACCGCUGCUGUUGCUGCUGCUGCUGCUGGCGGCCGUGCGUCCUGCGCGCGGCUGGGAGAGCGGAGACCUGGAGUUGUUUGACUUGGUGGAGGAGGUGCAGCUCAACUUCUACCAGUUCCUCGGGGUGCAGCAGGAUGCGUCAUCUGCAGACAUCAGAAAAGCAUAUCGUAAGCUUUCACUAACUUUACAUCCAGACAAGAAUAAAGAUGAAAAUGCAGAAACUCAAUUUAGACAAUUGGUGGCCAUUUAUGAAGUUUUAAAAGAUGAUGAACGGAGGCAGAGGUAUGAUGAUAUUCUGAUCAAUGGACUUCCAGAUUGGCGGCAGCCUGUAUUCUACUAUAGGCGGGUGAGAAAAAUGAGCAAUGCUGAGCUGGCAUUACUCUUGUUCAUUAUUCUCACAGUGGGUCAUUAUGCUGUGGUUUGGUCAAUCUACCUGGAAAAACAACUGGAUGAGCUGCUUAGUAGAAAAAAGAGAGAAAAGAAAAAAAAGACAGGAAGCAAGAGUGUGGAUUCAUCAAAACUCAGUGCUUCAGAAAAAAAUGAAAGAUUGCUGACAAAACCACAAUGGCAUGAUUUGCUUCCAUGUAAGCUGGGAAUUUGGUUCUGCCUUACACUAAAAGCAUUGCCUCAUCUAAUCCAGGAUGCUGGACAGUUUUAUGCUAAAUAUAAAGAAACAAAACUGAAGGAAAAGGAAGCUGCACUGACUAGAGCUGAACUUGAAACACUACAAAAACAGAAGAAAGUUAAAGUAAAAAAAACAAAACCAGAAUUUCCUGUAUACACGCCUUUAGAAAGUACAUACAUUGAAUCUUAUGAUCAUGGAACUUCUAUAGAAGAAAUUGAGGAACAAAUGGAUGAUUGGCUGGAAAACAGGAACAGAACACAGAAAAAACAGGCACUAGAAUGGAUAGAAGAGGACCUCAGCCAGCUGACAAGAAGUAUGGUUAAGUUCCCAGGAGGGACUCCAGGUCGAUGGGAAAAGAUUGCCCACGAAUUGGGUCGAUCAGUGACAGAUGUGACAACAAAAGCUAAGCAACUGAAGGACUCAGUUACCUGCUUCUCAGGAAUGGUUAGAUUCACAGAACUCAAGUCAGCUGCUCAGAAUUCCAAACCCAUAAAGAGCCCCACGGUCGUGCCAGAUGACAUCAUCACCCAGCGUGAUGAUUCUGAGGGGCGGGCUGAGGAGGAGGAUCCUGAGGAGCCUGAGGAUGGUGCCGGAGAGCCCAGUGAGGCCGGGGUCAGAGAAACUCGACCACGGAGGCGGAAGCCAGUCAGACCGCUUGAAAUGGCGGAGCCCCAAGAGAAGUUCAGAGCAAAGAGGCAGAAGGACUUUGAUAUAUUAGAGCAAAAUGAAUCCAGUGAUGAGGAGAGCCAGAAAAAAGAGAGAAUUCGUGCUGCUGAGGAGCCAUGGACUCAGAAUCAACAGAAACUUCUGGAAUUAGCAUUGCAGCAGUACCCAAAAGGAUCUUCUGACCGAUGGGACAAAAUAGCCAAAUGUGUCCCGUCAAAGAGUAAGGAAGACUGUAUCGCUAGAUACAAGUUGCUGGUUGAACUGGUCCAAAAGAAAAAACAAGCUAAAAGCUGAGUAUUCUGGAAGAUGAUUUUCACUUUCAUUUUCCAAAAUGACUAUUUUUAAAAGUGUAUGCAGAAAUUCGCAUUUGUACCUCAGUAUUUCUAUACGUCCAUGUGCCUUAGAAUAAAUAAACAAU